GUCUCGUCCGUGGCCGUUUGGCUCAGGCCAUGAUGCCGCAAGUUCGUUGCGACUUCGCGUGGGAGCGACGUUCUAAACACUUCUAGCAACACCCUUUCCACUAUUCCAGUCCUAGGUUGGCGCGCUGUGUGCGUUACUCCAGGACAGCAUGGUGAUGAUAUUGGCGAACGCCGUAUCAGCACUCUACGUAAUCGGUGGCGGAUACUCGACCUCUUCUGGUGGAUUUGCAGAAACUUCAUGUGGCGCAGUAGGUCUGCAGGACGUUACCACAAUCGAGGAGUGCCAUUUUGCGGCAGAACAGGUCGGCAUCGCAAUUAAAGAAAUGGUUGGUCCAGGAAAUUGGGCUCAUGUGCCUUAUGGUUGCACGGUGCAGCAAGGUUCUGCAACACCAGAAUCAGGCGCUGUUGGGACGAAUGGGCGGGUCCACUUCAGCACCACAACGGGGAACAACAAUGGUGGUAAGGGAGGGUACGUUUUGAUAUGCAAGCAGUCGCCCACAACAGUCCUGACGCCAGCUCCGACGCCGGCACCAGCAAUUACUCCUCUACCAACGCCGGCGCAGACGUCCUCGCCGACUCCAGCACCGACCCAGGCGCACGAUGUCGCGAGCAGCGACGCGAAAGACAUCGUGAGCGACCUUCCACGGAUCGCUGUGAUGAUAUCCGGCAUCGCGUUCGAGGACAGCAUGCGCGCCAGAGUCCGCGGCGGCAACCUCGUGGACCACAUGGUUGAGGAUAUGGAUCACCAACCCGAAAGCAUGAUGCCCAGUUCGGGGACCCGGCCGUGGGAUUCUUUCAAAAAGCACGUACUCGAGCCUUUGAGGAGGGAUUUCCACGAGAGGGUGGACAUCUUUGUUUGCACGAAUCAGUUUGUAGCAGCUGCGCCAGUGGAAGUUACGGCCGUCUUCACCAUCAAUUCGACAAGUCACACAUCCAGGCUCGGCUUUUCAGAGGAACAGUUUGACAGGUCCAAGGCGUGUUUCUCAAACGUGCUCGAAUUCGGUAGGCGUUACACAUACUUCAUGAAAGUGCGACCUGAUUUCGUCUUCAUUACCGACAUCGAGGACUAUUCGAACUUGCGCCAUGAUUGCAUGCAUACGCGCUUUCAGCGCAUGUGGAAUAUCGCGGGGAUCCGGCAUUGCCACAGCCAGCUCAUAUUCGGUCGGUGUUAUAGUUGCAAUGGAGAGUUGCGUCAUCCUGUUGGGGGUGUCCGCUUUGGCUGGAUUGUUGACGACAUGGUGUUCGUCGCCCCGUUCGAGCUUGCAAAAUCUGUCUUCAUGACCAGCGCAGAGAUCCACCAUUGGGCACGGUAUAACAUCCCUAACCAUAACCGUUGGAUUGACAAAUACGAGCUGCAUAACUCAACCGAAGGAUCAUAUACGAAUGCCCUGAUCAUGAAUAAGGUUCCAGUGUGUCCUCUAUGCAUCAAUGGGUGGCCGAAGAGCUCUCAUCGUGACUGGCAUCAGCACCAACAUGAAUGCAGCAACGCGAAUUCGACGUACGCCUGUGGAAGAUAUCAAGGCUCCGUCGACGAGUGGGUUGAAUAUAUCAAGACAGGGCGGCUCCCCAGCAAGGUCCAGUGGGAGAUGGACAGAGAGCGACACUUGGCAAGACACGAGACUCUCAGUAGCUCCAGCGACUCCUGAAUCUCGGGGCCCUGCCGGUGGGGCGGCACCAGCGCAGCGCGGUGCGGUCGAACCGAGGCAUAAGAUCGAAGUCGGCUCGAGGAGGGUACCCUGAUGUUUUUCGUGUUUGCUGAAUGUUCUUGUGCAUCUUGGGGAGGGUACCCUCGCAUGUUCUUCAGUUUGGCCAGCGGAGGAUCUCAUGAUCUUGACGGAUGUUUUAUAUGUCUCAGGUAUGACUGUUUUGUUUUUCGAGUUCCGGAAUUCGGAAUUCUGUAGUAAUAAUAAUGACGUGUAGAGGUUCAUAGCACGUUGAUCGGGACUAUUACCUCGUGGAUUGGCAACAGGGGCGCGUCAUCGGAAACAAAU